UUGUAAAAAUCACGGAUGUCGGGGCGCCCUACUUCCGGCCACGAUAUUAGCACUAACAAAACCAGCAGUAUUAACCUGUUCUGCAUAUCACAGAUGCCUUUGACUACAACAGCGUGUGUAAAAAGCAAAGCAAAAUCGUAAAUUUAAGCGAAUGUUAAACACCGUAAUUCUUUAGACAGAAUCAGCUGUAUCUAUAUACGUAAUUUUCAUAUAAAGAAGACUACGAAUCAUGCAAAAUAUAUGUAUCAGGCUCUUCACACUUUUUGGAUAUUUUUACAGUAUUUUUCUGAAUUCUUCACAUGCUAUUCGUCAUGGACGUAAUCUAAUAUGGGCUGGUCGACCUUUAGAUUACGACCGAGCUUCCAUAGUUGGUAUUGAAGGUGACCCAGAUAAAUGGGUCCUUGACAAGAAAAUGACUGUUAGGCAGAUAAGUGCUCCGUCGCGUAUGUGGCACUUCCGGAGUUUGGCAUACUCUUAUUCGACGAAGUACUUAUACUGGAGUGAAUCAGGACUAAAACGAAUACAGGGUCUCGUUCUCGAUGGAUAUAAGAAAGAGACAGAUAACAUCUUUACUGGAACAUCUGCUGAAGUUGACGGCUUAGCUGUCGACUGGAUUUCGGGCAAUGUCUAUUGGACUGACGCUAUAUAUAACUGGAUUAUGAUGGUGCCGCUGCGGCCGAACCAAAAACGAUUCAAGAUUGUAACUAAAGUGGGACUUGAUAAGCCCCAUGGGAUUGCUGUAUUACCACAAAAAGGGUACUUAUUCUGGUGUGACUGGGGUGCAAAUCCUAAAAUCGAAGUGUCAGAUCUGAUUGGCAACAACCGGCGUACUAUUGUCAAUUAUAACAUGCGAAGGCCACGUGGAUUAGUCAUUGAUGCUAAAGAAAGCAAGAUCUACUGGGUUGACGAUGGCCAAGAUACAAUUGAAUGUAUUCAAUUCAACGGACGUGCGAGACGAAUCAUUGUAAAAGAUCCCCAAGCGGAUUUCUAUGGAAUAGCUUUGUACAAGAAUAUAUUAUUUGUAACAGAACAGAGCCUUUCCGAAGGUCAUUUAAAUGUAUACAGCAAGCUAAAUGGCAAACUUAUUAUCAGCUACACACUGAGUCAUAUACCUUAUGGGAUUAUUAUGUACGAUGAAACGACGCAGCCUGGCAAUUCUGAAAUAUGUGAUGCUCUCGAAUGUGAACAUUUUUGUGUCCACAAUCCAAUCAUGGGUCCUGCCUGCCACUGUAGUGAAGGAUACAAGUUAAAUAUCACGGACCAUCGGACAUGUAAAGUUGAUUCUCAAUUCCCCCAGCCUUACCAUGUGUAUUCCAUGGAGGAAGGAAUAUGUUCAUUCCCACCGAACCUGGCUGAUAUCGAUCUGGAAAACAUGACGUUAAGUAAACAAUGCUUUCUUUUGGACAACAAGGGAUACCUGGCACUGGGGAUGCAUGCUCGCCGAGACACCUUAUAUUUCUCAACCAACAAUACAGACAAAUGGAUCAAUAGAGUCCGUAUGGAGUAUGGUGCUUCGUUUGAAGAUCUAAUCGGUGGUGUGGGCAUUGUUAGAGGCAUUGUUCUUGACUGGAUUUCAUCGAACCUCUACUGGACUGACAGCCUAUAUCGAACUAUAAAUGUGGCACGAGCAGAUGGCAUGUACCAACAGGUUCUGAUUGAUUCGGAUUUAGAGAAUCCUAUUGGAAUUGCUGUACACCCUGGUAAAAGCAAGUUAUUUUGGACAGAUGCUGGAAAGAAACCUAAAGUGGAAUGGUCUUACCUUGACGGUUCAGGGCGGUCAUUGAUAACAAACCAAGAUCUUGGCUCUCCAUCUCACAUCCACAUUGACUUUAUGAAAGACAUUUUAUACUGGGCCGAUUCUGCUUUGGGAAACGUGAAAGAAUACAAUUUCUCAACAGAAACUAUUACAGUUUUGGUUCCAAAGAAUAGUGGAAUCCAAGGAUCGAUAUACGGCAUCAGCAUAUUCCAGGAUUACCUUAUAUGGACAGAUUACACAACCUCAAGGAACGGUAUUCAUGUAGCACGGCUCGAUAGUCUGGAUAAAGUUCGCGACAUAAUGCAUCCUGAGUUUGGUAGAGCUCGUGACCUCCUGACCUUUGAUGCUUCAAACCAGCCAGACUUUGAAACGGCAUGCGCAGACGGAAGCUGUAAACAUCUUUGCCUACCGAAAGGAGAAAAAUCUUAUACCUGUCGGUGUGGACUUGGCUACCAGAUUGGCGAAAAUAAGAAAAUCUGUGCUACAGAUUUAGCUACAGACAACUUCCUUUUAGUCACCGAUAGCUACCGGAAGCAAAUUUUUCAAAUUAGUAUGAUUACCGGCAAAGUACAAGCUUUAGAUGUACGAGAUCAUUUCCGUCCUCUUGCCGUUGAUUAUGAUCCAGUUCGACGGAUAAUUUAUUGGACUGAUGUCGCUCAUAAAUCAAUCAAAAAGGCCGAGAUCAACGGUGUACACGAGACAUUGGUGAAACAAUUAACGGACGAUUCCAUUGCUGAUGGAUUAGCAAUCGAUUAUGUGAACCAAUUAUUGUUUUAUAGCGAUGCUGGCAUCAGGAUAAUCGGAGUAAUGACCCUAAGUGCAUAUCCUUUCCAUAAGACGUUGAUCAACAGUGGUCUGGAGAAAGUUCGAUCUGUAAUUGCUAGCCCCAUUGAGAAGAGAAUAUAUUGGUCAGACUGGGGAUCAGAUCCUAAAAUUGAACGCUGUGGAAUGGAUGGUUCAGAGCGACAAGUCAUUGCCAAAUUCAAAGAAGGAGCUUGGCCAAAUGGUUUAGCUCUUGAUGUAAGAGAGAAGCGAUUAUACUGGGUUGAUGCCCGCUCCAACAAAAUUGCUUCGAUGACCACUGACGGCAAGCAUCAAUAUAUACUCUACAAUGAAUCGGACGCCCAUUAUUUUGGUAUUGCUCUGUCUGGUGAUUACCUUUACCUUACAGACUGGUCACGAAAUUCCUUAAUGCGUUUGCCAAAGAAAGGCGGUCAGUUGGAGAAUUUCUGGGAUGGCACGUCAAAAUUUGUGCGGUUAAACGACAUACAUGCAUUCAACUCAACUGAAAUAAUCUCUGAAGUCAGCCCCUGUUCCAGUGAAUCGUGCAGUCACUUCUGUUUACCAAGUCCAAGAACUAUUUACGAAAUCAAAGAUCCAUGGAUCUGUGCUUGUCCAGACCAUCUGGUACUCUCAAGCGACGGGCAUAACUGUGUGGUGGAUGAAGUUUCAGAGCAUAAUAGUUCGUUUGCAGGAAGGCACAAACACAGAGAUACAACAACUCACCAGAUAUCAAGUAUAACAGUGGAUAAAGUCUCGCGAUGGCCAUUUGAAUCUUCCUCUUCUCAUGAAUCAGAAUCUAUGAACAACAGAUCUACCCAGAGAUCAUUAUUUCCUAGCAAACAAACAAAAAAUGGUUCGUCAGUUACACCCGGAAAAAUAUCUGCCUAUGUUAUUGUUCCUUUGAUCCUGUUAGGGGCAGGUGUAGCAGCUUUCAUUUUCUUGAAGCGGCGUCGAGCUGAAAAGAAUCCACAUUACCUCCUUGCGAAUGAUGACAAAUACACCGUGGAUAUUUCCUACCGGAUUCUCUGCCAAGACUCUUCAAAAGAUAUGAAUGACGGUGUUGAAAACCCUAUAGAAAGCCAGAAUAGUACCCAUACCAGUUAGACCAAACAUGUCAUCUCUUUCUUUUUUUCUUACAAAAAUAUAAAACAAAACCAAAAACAUCAAAUAUUUCAUUCACAUCAUCUGUUUUCAUUCGAAUAAAAUAAAAAAAUAAAAAAAGAUU